UAACCGGUGGGUUGCAUUCCUCGGUUACGGAUCACCCGCCAUUUUGACCCGACAUAUUCAUCAUCGUCGUUCGCCACCACGACGACCCGAUUAUAGACGCUCGUCCUGUAUAUUACGCUCCGUUCAAUCGGCGCAGCGGAUUAUUCUAAAGGGAAAUCGGUGGGAAAAAUUUUAACAUCGACAAUCGAUUAUCAUAAAUGACGGAGGAUAGCUUCCCAAGGGUUUCGUCUUCCGAAACUGCUUCGUCUACUGAUCCUUCAACGGUCAAACAGAGAAAAAAGAGAAAGUGGGAUCAACCUGCAGAGCCAUUGGUUUCAGCUGGAGGAUGCCAGCCUGCAGUUCUUCCUUUCAGUAACAUUGGAUCUUUUGUUGGUAUCAUGCCACCAGGAAUAGUUCCAGUAUGCGGCACUCUUUUAGCAGCUCCCCUCACAUCUAAUGGUGUAACGUCCGUGCAGCAACAUGCUGUAGCUCUUGCUCAAAAAUUAAAUCAACCCAAGAUCCAGGAUGAGUUGAUAGCUAGAGAGAUUGUCAUAAAUGAUGCCGACUCCUCUGUUCGUUACAAACUCACAAAGCGCCAAACCCAGGAAGAGAUUCAGAAGAGCACAGGUGCAGUGGUAAUAACUAGGGGCAAGUACAGGCUUCCAAACGCACCCCCUGAUGGUGAAAAACCACUAUAUCUUCACAUUUCUGCUGGAACACAUUUAGAAACAACAGUGGAAAGGAUCAAAGCAGUUGAUCAUGCAGCAGCAAUUGUGGAGGAAAUGCUGAAAGAGGGUUCAGUGAACAAUGGAUUGAAGGUUAAUCCCUCAAUGAGUACCUGUGUCUAUGUGGGCUUUGAGGCUGAAACAUCCUUGAAUAUUGCUGCUCGUAUUCGAGGACCAAAUGACCAGUAUGUAAAUCACAUUAUGAAUGAAACAGGAGCAACUGUUGUGUUAAGAGGGGAUGGUUCAGGAGAUUCCGAACCUGUACAGGGUGAAGAUGGACAUCAACCACUGCAUUUGUUCCUAUCAAGCAAUAAUCCAAAAAGUCUCGAGCGUGCAAAGCUUUUGGCAGAAAAUCUGUUGGAUACCAUAGCUGCUGAGUUUGGUACUUCUAGGGUGUCUUCUUCUAAAGUUUAUGGUGCUGUUCCACCCCCACCACAGCUAUUGGCUGGAAGUAAGAGUUUGGGAAAUGAGUUGGAAGCAAAUAAUUUUCAAGCUGCUAAUUUGAAUGCAGCAAGUACAGGUGUAUCUGUACCAGCAGUUCCCACAGUUACUGCUCCUGGUAUGGACAGUAAUGUUUCUCAAGGAAUUGUAUCUCAGUCUUUAGGCUCGUUGAAUGCACUGCCAUCUCAACCCAACAUGAAUUACUACCCCCAUAUGCCAAUCUCAAGUGGAACAAGCUAUAUGGGUUAUGGUGGGAUUUAUCCCCAAGUCACACCCUUGCAACAAGUUGCCUUAGCCCUUAGGCAGUCUACCUCUGUCACAGCUGCAGUCUCUCCAGAAACAACAGCAGUAAAUACCAAGCCUCCAGCUAGUACGAUAUCCUCCAUCCAGAAGGAAGAGCGACCCGCACAUAAACGCAAAUUUCGGGAACUACCUGCUACAGGAAAGGGCACAGCUAAUCCCCAUCAGGUAUUUUCUCUGAUCUUCUAAGAAGCUAACAGGCUGAUUCUGGACCCCUAUUAGGCAUUUGUAUGUUUCACAGGGUUUUAUGAUCUGGAGGCUGCAUGGAAUUGCUGCAUGUUAUCUCAGUACUCUUAGUGGUGCUAGUGCAAGAUUUGACACUAACUGUGUUCUGUUGAUGCACAGGCCAUCUGACCCAUUACCAACUGCCUAAAAUACAAAAGAAGUUACAUAUUUGUCUCUUGCAUCUGCAUUUACCCAAAAUAAUAUUUUACUUUAAAUUUAAACUCUAAACUUGUUGCAACCCUUUUCCCAGCAUAAAACUACACAAUAAAAACAUUUAUGUGAAGUUUAAUCCCUCCUUUAUAGAAGAUAUUUACUUCGUGUUUUUAGGGGUGAUAAGAAUUAUUGUAAUUGAGCAUAGUUAAUUAUUUAUCAUUUAUUAUAAUAAUAAUUAAUAAUAAUAAUAAUAACUAUUAUUAUUAUUAUUAUUAUUAUUACAUGAAGUUUUGCACACUGUAGUAAGCUCAGACAUAAAUUUCUGACCUAAUUAUGGGAUAUCUGUCAUCUUUAAGCAUGCUAAUUUCAAUGUGCAUAUCAUGGAAUUCAAAGAUAACAUUCUUCAUAAUCAUUUUCUUAUAUCUCUUCACAACUGUUGCUGCUACAUGAUUGUAGUAUUAAAUGAUGUUUUCUCGGAGCAGGAACUUCUGAGUUCUGAUCAUGACUAUGAAAGAGUUAGCUGAGUGUUUUAUUUGCAUUAUCAAUUAGAUCUUAUUUUCUGUAAUUAUUGAGGAUUCUGGUUUGGUUUUUCUUCUCAAAAUCAGUUGCAGGACUUGCAGCCUCCAAAGCCUCGGGAUCUAAAUACAGAUGCUGGUGCAAGAGAUAACACAGUUGUUCCCGCA